CUAUCGUCAGCAUUUUCAGCCCCCCUCCCCUGGGCUGGCUCUGCAUCAUCAUUCAUCAUCAGCAGCAGUCAGUCCAUCCAACGCGUCUUCAGUCCUCACCCGCAGCAAGAAAGCCACACUUUUCCUCCUCCUCCUCCUCCUCCUCCUCCGCCUCUUCCUCUUCCUCCCCCUUCGUUCUCCACACCCACUCUCGGGCUGCGGCUUCUCCGGCUUCCGCGCCUCUUCCUCUGUCGGUCGCGGGUGUGGUGGUUAGCGGCGUUUCUUGGUGGGGUUUUGGUUUUGUGAGGGGAGAAGGGAAGAAGGGCAAUGUCAAAGAUGGGCGAUCGUGGUUAACAAAGUUACUUUCAGCGUCAGAGGGUAUUUCGUACAAAAAGGAACUGCUGUUGGUACAGGAUUAUCAGCUGUGAACACUUUCUGUUUCUAGAGGCCAUUCUCUGUAACACUUUGGAGCAUCAAUUUUGUAGCGUGCUAUCAUGGACUACUCUGCUGGUUCCUACAUGUGGCCUGGCAAUUCAGGUUCUGAGAACUAUAAUUUUGUUGACGGUUCGUCGGAAUCAUAUGCAGAAGAAGGAAGCCUACCACCUUCAGGCUAUUUCAUGGGAGCUGGAUCAGAUCGCAGUUUAAAGAUCACGGAGAAUGAAAGGAACCCCACUAUGCUUGCAAAUGGAUGCUUGCCAUACAACACCCAGGCUCAUCCAUUAUCUGGCCAGAUUCUACCUAAGGGUGAGCUCCCUAACAAUCUUCUGGAUCUUCAACAGCUACAGAACAGCAGCAAUCUGCGAAGCAAUUCAAUUCCCCCAGGGGUUCUUCAGUGCAAUUCAACAUCUGGAACAUUUGAUGCGAAAUUGGAUACACCUGGUCUUGCAGAACUGCCUCAUGCUUUGUCCAGUUCAAUUGAUAGCAAUGGUAGUGACAUUUCUGCUUUUCUUGCUGAUGUGCAUGCCGUUUCUUCAGCCCCGACGUUGUGUUCAGCAUUCCAAAACGUUUCCUCCUUCAUGGAACCAGUAAAUCUAGAUGCUUUCGGUUUCCAAGGGGCACAAAAUGUUGCUAUGUUGAACAAAACAAGUCUUCCAAAUGGGAAUCCCUCGCUGUUUGAUAAUGCUGCCAUAGCAUCACUACAUGAUAGCAAAGAGUUUCUCAAUGGUGGUUCCAUCCCUUCGUUUGGUACUGUCCUGCAGGCACUAGGAGCGGGUGGUUUGAAGGCUGCUCAACAGGAGCAAAAUAUCCGGAAUAUACCUCUCCCUACAUUCACAUCUGGUAGUCAUUUGGCAGUUACUGAUGCACAAGGGCCACCACUUCCUUCAAAGAUACCACCAUUGAUCCAUGACCAUAAUAGUGAGUACCCUAUUAACCAUUCUUCUGAUGUGGAACCCCAAGCAAAUUCAGCUCCUGGAAAUAGUGCCAAUGCGAAGCCACGUACAAGGGCUCGCCGUGGACAGGCAACUGAUCCUCACAGUAUUGCUGAACGGCUUCGCCGAGAGAAAAUUUCAGAAAGGAUGAAAAAUCUCCAAGUCCUUGUCCCAAACUCCAAUAAGGCAGAUAAGGCAUCAAUGCUUGAUGAAAUAAUUGAUUAUGUGAAAUUUCUUCAGCUUCAGGUCAAGGUAUUGAGCAUGAGCAGGCUAGGAGCUCCUGGAGCAGUUCUUCCCCUUCUUAGGGAAUCUCAAACCGAGUGCCAUAGUAAUCCAUCUCUAUCAGCUUCAACCAUUUCACAAGGGCCACCAGACAUGCCAGACUCAGAAGACAGCUCUGCCUUUGAGCAAGAGGUAGUGAAGCUGAUGGAAACGAGCAUCAUCAGCGCGAUGCAGUAUCUUCAGAACAAGGGUCUCUGCCUGAUGCCCAUUGCUCUCGCUUCGGCCAUAUCCAACCAGAAAGGCAUGGCUGCUGCUGCUGCAAUCCCUCCUGAAAAAUGAAAAAAAAAAUGAAAUCGGAAAAAUAUGGGGGGAACAACUGCAGAAGACAUAAUAACUCAACGGCUGCAGAAAUGUGCUGGACACUGCAGGUUUUGUGAAUGAAGUGAAAUCCAAUCCAGGGGGUCAUAAAACAUAGGAAGUUAUCUGACUAAUUCAGGCUUAUGACACAAUCUACUCUAUAGUCUAUAGCUAUUGUGUGCCUGUUGCACAUCAGUUGAUGUGUAUUCUUUUGUUUUUUUUGUAUUGCAUCCGGAUGCUAAUUAGGUAGUAGUGUUUCCUUUGAUGUACAUGAGUAUUAUCUAUGCGGUUUUAUCUAAUGUGCAUAUAAAGUAAAAUCUGGUAUGUUGCUGCUA